AUGGCAUUAUUUUCAGGCAAAUAUGUUUGCAUUAUCGUUGCUCUUCUUGCAAUCUCAUUGAAGCCAUGUUCUUGCCAUAAUAAAACCCACUGGAACACCGCCGGAAUCACGUGGUAUGGCGACCGAGAAGGUCCUGGCAGCACAGGAGGAGCUUGUGGAUACGGUGAUGCAGUGGCAAAACACCCGAUCAACUGUAUGAUUUCAGCCGGAGGCCCUUCAAUUUACAAAGAUGGAACGGGUUGUGGGACGUGUUAUAGAAUUUUAUGCGACCAUCCAAUGUGCAAGAAAAGGCCGAUCAAGGUGAUGAUAUCGGAUGAGUGUCCCGGCUGCACGAAGAAGGCCGUCCAUUUUGAUCUUAGCGGCAAGGCCUUUGGUUCAUUGGCCAAACGUGGCAUGGCCGAUCAAUUACGCAACCUUGGUGAACUAGAUAUCAAGUACAAACGUGCAUGUUGCAAACACCCUAAGAGUAAAAUAGCUAUUCACGUCGACGCCGGAGCAAACCCGUACUACAUGUCGUUCGCCAUCAAGUAUUCAAACGGUGACGGGAACUUUGCAUGCGUCGAGGUCCAACCGUCAGGGGCCGGCGAGAAAUACAUAAAGAUGGAGGAAAUGAGAUCCGCCGUCUGGAAACUUAACGCUGGACGUGCGUUGAAAGGUCCGUUCAACAUCCGACUUACCUCCGCCGUCUCCAAAAAAGUGCUCGUCGCUAAAGCCGUUAUCCCGGAAAAAUGGAGUCCCGGUGCUAUUUACCAUUCCAAAGUUAACUAUGCCUUCACCUCUCACCACAAGAAAGCAGUCCAUCACAAGAAACGCAACUGA